AUGGCACUGCGGCUGUGGGCCUCGAUCGAUGCCGCGAGCGACGUACGUGAUAUCUCGGCAGGCGACGCGCCCGACAUGACGCGCGUCGUCGCGCUCCUGUACUGCGAUGCAGGGCGCCUUGCGCUUGCGCUCCAGCACGACCUCUCCCUGCUGGCCUUGCAGGAGCAGCGCGUUCUCACGGGCGUCGCGACCGACACGCGCGAGGCCGCGGAGCGCCGCGCGACGCGGCGCCGGCAGCUGGAGCAGUACCUCGCCAAGGGCGCUGACCUGUUUCUCGCACUCAUGGGCGAUGGCUCUAUGGUCGUGUAUGUGCUGAUGAACGUCGACAGAGGCUCCCCGACACUGUCGCAAACCUUCCUCUCCCUCAAGGUGCCGCCGUGUAUCUCGACGGAGCUCACGCAGCCACCGCUCAUGCUCGAGUUUAUGCCGCUGGCGCCGCUGCGCCACGCGCCUUCGUCCGUACUGCCGACCGCGCUCAUCCACGGGCAGACCGCCUCGGGCCUGCGGGGCAUGAUGGCCGUGUCACUCGCACUCCUUCUGGACGGCGAUCCCGGCGGCCUGUUUGUGCAGGACACGAUCAUGGGCCCUGACAUCGACGAGAAGCCGCUCCGCGCACAUGUACAGCCCUUUUUGCGCGCAGAGCACCGCUCCGAUAUCGUGUCGCUGCAGGUAGCGCACCGCGGCCGGACGCUUCUCAGCUUCUCCCGCGAUGGCGUCCUAAUAUGGUGGGAGCUCUGCGCGAACGGGCAGGUGGCCCUGCAUUCAAAGCACCAGAUGCGCCUGCGCGACGCAUUCGCCACGUGUGCGCUCGGCCACAGUGCGAAGGUCGCCGUGCUGUGCCCCGGCGCCCUCGUCGUGGCGCUGCUCGGCGAGGAUGGCUGGGCCGGGACGCCCAACGCGACCAUGGCACUGCAUGGUAUGAGUGCGCAGCGCUUCGAGCUGCCUGCCAUCGAGCCGGAUCAGGUGGCCGCGUUCGAAUGCGUGCCUGUGCAGGACGCGCACCGGCUGUAUCUCGUCCUGCGCGAUGGACGCCUGCAUACCUGGUCCGUGCACCACCAGGGGGAGGGGGCCGUACAGGCUGAGGGAUGGCACACCCUCUCGUCGUCGGUCGAGGGCGUGGCGCUCGUGCCGCACUGGCAUCCCGGGCACCGCGCGGCCUUGCUGGCCAUCACGCAAGGCGGCGAGCUGCAGGUGUGGGCGGACGAGUCGCUCACCUGUACCCUGUCGUGGCCGACGCAUCUUACGCACGUGCAGUGGAUCCGUGCGAGUGCGCAUGGACACAUUGCCGUCGUGCAUGGGCACGCCACGGCAUGGAGCAUAUCGAUCUACGACAGUCAGCUCGCGGAUGUGUGUGACCCACUUGUGCACCGCGUCAGCAUACACGCACAGAACCGGCCCCAGCUCGCAUGGACAGCAAUGGACCAGGUCGGCAGCGUGCUGGCCGUGAGCGUGGACAAUCGCGUCGAUUUGAUGGCACAGGCGGACAGCUCGUGGGCACUACUGGGCCAGGUCCUGCUGGAGGAGCUGGGCGGCAGUGUGAUUAGCCGUGUCGAGUGGAUGGAUGGGCACCGCCUGCUUGUCUCGUCGACGUGCCAGCUGUUCCUGUACGAUGCAAAGCUGCGCGCGAACGACACGUGGGUCGAUCUCUUGGCCGUGAUGAUCGAGCGCAGCCAGAUGCGCACGUACUAUGACCCCAUGCACCUGAGCAUGUGCCUGCAGAUGGGGCUGCAUGAGAAUGUCGUCGCGAGCUGCACGCAGAUUGCUGCAGCGCGCACGCGCCACCACUGGCCGCCCAUCACCUGGUCAUGGGAGCGUGCGCCGCUGACAGACGCGCCGCAGACGCAGCCCGAGUGGGCCGAGGUGCAGGCGCAGCUCGCGCAGGGCGAGGCAUGGUCCGGGCCACCGGGCCUAGAGGCGGAGCCCCUCGCUCAUGCGAUGCGCGCCGUGCAGGAGGUAUACUCGUCUCCUGUGGACGAGGCAGGGCGGCAGUGCCUUGCCGUUUGGUACGCGUCCGGCGGCCGGGAGGUGCGCUGGGUCUGGGCACAUCUGAGCCGUGAUCAGGCGACGCUGCACAGCAAGGUCGCUGCUGCGUGGGAGACGCGCCUCACCUGGGAGCGAGUGAAGGCCACGGGCAUCUUUGGUUGGAUGCGCGAGCGCGCGGUGCUAGUGCCGCUCAUGGAGCAGGUUGCGCGUGCCGCGUUCGCGAGUGGCGACGACAUUGACCCUGUGCUGAGUACACUGCUGUACCUCGCGCUGCGCAAGCCCACGAUGGUGCGCUCCAUAUGGCGCCGCGCGAUUGGACACAGCGAUCAGGGCAAGAUGCAGGCCUUCCUUGCCCACGACUUUUCGUCGGAGCGCUGGCGCAUCGCGGCGCAAAAGAACGCGUUCGCGCUGAUGAGCCAGCGACGCUUCCUCUUUGCAGCGGCCUUUUUCCUCCUGGGUGGCGCCCUGCAAGACGCGGUCAACGUGUGCGUGCGUCAGCUGGACGACAUGGACCUGGCGAUCGCCGUCGCACGCGUGUACGAAGAGGACGAUCACGGCCCUGUCUUUCUGCGCCUCGUCGAGCAGCAUGUUGUACCGCACGCACUCGCCACGGGCGACCGCUGGCUCGGUGCAUGGGCCCUGCUUGUGUUGGACAGGCCGCGCGACUUUGUACAGAUGCUCACGCGCCCGCUGCGUACCCUCGCUACGAACCAGGAGGCACCGGCGCCUGGCUGGGACUGGCCGGAUCCGUGCCUUCUGCUCGUGCUGGAGCACUGCAAGGCGACGAUGCCGUGGCUCGAUGCCGCGUGGACGCGUGAGGACGAGACGCGCUAUGUGCUCAAUACUGUGUACCGCCUAGAGCGGCUAGCGUGCGACUUGGUGGGCGUGUCCCUUCUGCGCAACUGGCGCUUUGCGCGCGCGCCCGUCGAGGCGCCGGCGGCCCCUGUCACCACGCCCUCUCCCGCGCACGGUCCCAAGAUCGGCUCGCUCAUGGGCGAGCGGCGGCCACCUCCGGCCCAGAGCACGGCAGAGCUGGACCUGAGCGCCUUUGGGUGGUGA